AUGUCCUUGGGUAUAGACACCACCGCCAUAUACAGCGACGAGGGGGCACUGCAGCAGGCCAGCACCUCGGAGACAGCAGCACGGAACAUUGCGCAGGAUCUCCACCGUCGGACGGAUAUCCUUCCUAUAGAUGCUGCCCCUGGCCUCUUUAAUGGUAUAGGAAGGACAUGGGAGCUGCUGGCAGCGUCAUUUGACCCUAGUGAGCAAGCCGACAAGUCUUCGUUUGCCUCGGAGGACUCGCGUCUGGAACUCGCUUUGGCGCUCGCAAAGCUGGAACGAAACUUGGUUGCUGGUCUUCUGGAGUUUCAGAGAGAAGCACUCAAGCAUGAAGCCGCGAUUCGACGUUUCAUCUUCAAUAUCACUACUUUUGUUCGCAUAGAAGAUCCCAAAUUCUUCACAAUACAAUCCAUAUCAGCGCAACUUCUGUCCAACCUCGUCUCUCCGUCGGACGAUAGCGCUGAAGCUGCUGAGACGGCCGACAGGAUCUUGCGGUUGUACACUUCUGGCGGCAGAGAAGAGGACGUCGUCGUCCGCCUCCUUGAUUCAAAAGAACAAAAGACGAACCACGCUACCCUACAUAUGCUCAACAACCUCACCCGCAACAGCUCUUCACGAUUGACCCUUCUCCUAUCGACCUCAGGGACAAGAUGGCUUGCCAAGAUUUUGGGAAGGAUGGACGACUGGUUGGAUAAUGAAGAUCCUUGCUUUGAGCUCUCUGCUUCUAUCUUCAACUCCUUCAUCUCCCAUUGCUUGCAUCCGAAACUCUUCGACCUGCUGUCCGAACCUCCCGAACCAAUCACUCCCUCCCAAACAACCCUCCUCAAACUACUCGACUCUUCCCUCGCCUUACCGCCUUCCGAUCAUCCCACUCCCCCGACCUCGGGCGAUUACCCCAACACUUUCCUUGUACCCCUGUUCAUCUCUUUGUCAUCCGCUUCUCUCCCGAGCAUCACAUCCCGAGCAGAUGAUCCGAGACUGCCGAAACAGCUUGCAGCGCUGAUGCUGGUGACUGAGAGUCUGUCGUCGAUAGGGUUGAGAGUACAAGAAAGGAUUGAUGAUGCGGCUGCACUUGGCUCGGAGGAUGCUGAUGGGGAAGGUAGUAACUGGGAGGCGGCCGGGGAAAAGAGUUUGGUGCAAAGUCUGAAAGACAAGGAGCAGGGCGUAGUCAAGUCUUUAGUCGAUCUUCUCCGAGCACUGAACGACUUCUUCCCCAAAACCAACCCCCGAACCACAUCCUCCGACCCUCUCCCCCCACCCCUGCCCCUCAACCCCGAACUCAAACCGUUCUCCAAAGUCAAACGCGACCUCGUCCGGCUGCUGUCCAUCCUCUCCUUUGAUGAUACGUUCGUUGGGGAUCAAGUGAGGGAGUGGAGUGGUGUUGAGUUGGUGUUGGGUAUGACGGAGAUUGAUGAGGGUAAUCCUUAUUUGAGAGAACACGCCUUGUUCUGCAUCCGCAACCUCAUGCGUAACAACCCCGCCAAUCAGGACGUGAUCAAGCAAAUGAACCCUGUGGGGGUUCUUUCAGAUACGGGGGAGCUGCUGCCGUUACCGGAGAAGAUGAAGAAGAAGGCAAAGGUGGUGACCAUCGAAGAUGAAGGGGAGGCGUGA